AUGGAACCGUUUCAGCACUUUGUUCAUAACUGCGAUUCGGGUUUAUCGGAGACGACGGCGGUGGAGGAAGGAAUCUGCAGCUUAUGCCAAGGAGAAGAAGCCUCGAUCCAAUACACUUGUUAUUCUUGUAAGUUCGGUCUUUGCAGUCUCUGUUUUAACUUGUCUCCGAAGCUCUCUCACCCUUUGGACGCUCAACACUUGCUCGAGUUCCAUCAGCACCAACCGGAUCACAUUUACAGCUCCUUCAUCUGCAGCGGAUGCGGCUACGUGAUCUCCUCUGGAUCUUACUACGAAUGCAAAACCUGUCAAAUCAAGAUCGAUGUCAAGUGCGCGUCGAUAGCGAUAACCACGAGAUGGGACGACGCAAAAACGUACCAUUACAGCCACAGGCACGUGCUUUCUCGGUGUAAACCCGGUUGGUCAAACGGCAGCGGCACGUGCUUGAUCUGUGAGCGUCCGUAUUCGGACAAGCAGAUAUGCCACGGUUGUCUUGCUUGUCUUUGCUUCGUACAUGACCGUUGUCUUGAUCUUCCAAGCGAGAUUCAGCACCCCAUGCAUUCGCAGCACACUCUCAAACGCCUUAGCUACGUGCAACACAAAGAGCGGAAGAUCCAGUGUGACGCGUGCCAAGAACCGAUCCAUGGAGUCCCGUUUGGUUGUGUGGCUUGUGAUUUCAAAGUCCACAUGGGAUGUGCUGAUUCCAUGUUGCGGUCUCUCAAGCACGACGCUCAUCGCGAGCAUGGUUUGGUUUACGUGCCAAGGAACGCCGCUCAUGCAAUCACCGUGGAGAAGCCUUGCAAGAUAUGUGAGGAGCCUCAAAAGAUUUGGAAAAACUGUUAUUACAAAUGCAUCCAGUGCGACUGGAACUUCCAUUUCGAGUGUCUUAGGAUAGCUGACUUUGUUUUCCGCAAGUCUCGUCACUCGCAUCGCACUCAGUGUAAGUUGUUCUUGAACGAAGAGUACGAGUACUGCGAUGUUUGCGAGACGGUCAUCAACUUGGGAAGCUAUGCUUAUUCCUGCGACAGAUGCGUUUUCCAGGCCCACAUCGAAUGCAUUUUCAACAUGGUUUGA